CUCCGUUAGGUAGGGCGUGGCUAACGCGACCCUCCACACCCCUCUUGGAUUCCUCCGCUCAGUCCUCUGUGGUGAGGUCGAGGGAAUCGCCAUUUUGGAUGCAGAACGGCUAAUCGGAAAUCUGCUUCUUCCGUUUUCGCGUCUGGAUCCCUCCAGGAGGAGCAGGACAACAUGCUGGGCUCUGGUUUCAAAGCUGAGCGCUUACGAGUCAAUUUGAGAUUAGUUAUAAAUCGUCUUAAACUGUUGGAGAAAAAAAAAACGGAACUGGCUCAAAAAGCGAGGAAGGAGAUUGCUGACUAUCUGGCCGCUGGGAAGGACGAGAGAGCACGUAUCCGUGUGGAGCACAUAAUCCGGGAAGACUACCUUGUGGAGGCCAUGGAGAUCCUGGAGCUGUACUGUGACCUGCUGCUGGCUCGGUUUGGCCUUAUCCAGUCUAUGAAGGAGCUAGAUUCUGGUCUGGCUGAAUCUGUGUCUACACUGAUCUGGGCCGCUCCUCGGUUGCAGUCAGAAGUGGCUGAGUUGAAAAUAGUUGCUGAUCAGCUCUGUGCCAAAUACAGCAAGGAAUAUGGCAAGUUGUGCAGGACCAACCAGAUCGGGACUGUGAAUGAUAGGCUAAUGCAUAAACUGAGUGUAGAAGCCCCACCCAAGAUCCUAGUGGAGAGAUACCUGAUUGAAAUUGCCAAGAAUUACAAUGUGCCCUAUGAACCUGACUCUGUGGUCAUGGCAGAAGCUCCCGUUGGAGUGGAGACAGAUCUUAUUGAUGUUGGAUUUACAGAUGAUGUGAAGAAAGGUGGUCCUGGAAGAGGAGGAGGGGGCGGGUUCACAGCCCCAGUUGGUGCACCUGAUGGGACCAUGCCCAUGCCCAUGCCCAUGCCCAUGCCCAUGCCAUCGCCAUCUCCAAAUGCUCCCUUCGCAUACCCACUGCCAAAGGGACCAUCGGAUUUCAGUGGAUUGCCAGUGGGGACUUACCAGGCCUUUCCUAACAUUCACCCACCCCAGAUACCAGCAACUCCCCCAUCUUACGAAUCUGUAAGUGCCUGAGCCUUUUGGUAAACGGCAGGAGAGUGAAUCCCAUGAAGAGAGCAAAAUAAUGACAACAGGGAAGGCAAACUUUUGAUCAACUUAGUAUGGGUUUUGCUUUUGGAGUCUUUGUUGCUUUCAUGCUGCCCUGGAGAUGGGGAGUGCUGUUGGUGGCAUUUGUGGUGGGCAUGCUAUGGCAGCACUGAAACCAGGAUCAGAAAGGACCUGCACUUAGGAAGCUACACUACUCACAUGGGCAUGGUAGCACAUGCCUGCAGUCUCAGCACUUUGAGGGAUCAGGAGUUCAAGUCAGCUGGACUACAUGAGCCCAUCUAAAGCAGUAAAGGGAAGCAGUGUGCCUCUGGAGUGCUUACUGUAGAUACAUCUGUCCUACUAAACCAGCCCGAGAAGCACAUUGAGCUGCUGUAAUUUGGUAUUUAUUAGAGCACCAGGCUUUUUUGUCUUACAUUUAUGAGAAAGGAUAGUAAUGGGGUAUUUGACUUAAUCAGAAGUGUCCAGUUAGUCAUUUUUGGCCUGUAGCAUUUAGUUCACAUUUUAUUCUGGUAUUAAAACCUGUGGCAGUAGGGGAGAUAUAGGUCACUAAUCUAAGACCUGUUUCAAAAUGAAAAGUAAAACAAAAACCAUGGAAGUAGUUGAGCAGUGGGGCACACAGGUCUGUUGUGCAGGAGGCCCUAGGUGCAGCCCCCAGUGUUUGGGAGUAUGUGGAAAUUUUCAUAAUGGCUCAUGUGGUAAAGAUGCCUUGAACUGUGUCACUGUUUCAGAAUUACUUGUUUUCUGUCAGGCUUAUGUAUAGAUACCUGGUUCAUACAUACAUGCCUUUGAGAGCUGUUUCCAGCUCAUGGUUUACUUAGAAAACCAGUUGGGGUGGGAUGUGCUAUGUAAAUUACUCACCUAGGAAGCUCCCCUGAUCCUGAGUUUGCUUAUCAUUCUUCCCAUUGGUUUCCAUCUCUAGCUGAUAUGUUUUCUCAAGCUUUAGCAUUCCAUGUAUCAAAACAUGGCCAACUGUUUGUGCAAUGAGGUGGAUCUUCAGUCCUUGAGGCCUUGGGUCUUAAUAGAUUUACUAGUUUGCUUUGCCUGGAAGCUGAAAAGUGUCCCAGUGUGGUAAGAUUUUUCUUUCUUUGCUUAGUAGGUCAGAGGUUGGCAUGGUGUCUUAAGUGGUUCAGAGAAGCAUGGAGAAACUAGGAGGCAUUUUCUUAGGAGAAAUUCUGUUGCUUUUGGUGAAUAGCUUAGCUUUUGGAAACCAAGGUGUUAGUACUUUGUCUAGAGAUGUCAUUGUUUUUUCCCUUUAGUAACAGUCUUUGUUUUGCAGGUUGAUGACAUUAAUGCUGAUAAAAAUGUUUCUUCGGCACAGAUUGUUG